UCACUGUCAGCGUAACCAUGAGGUCAUUUGUGCUUGGUUUGUUUCUGUGUGCUGUCCUUCCUCUGAUCAAUGCUGGAUGCUUCAACGUGGAACACAAAACAACAGUUAAGUUUUGCCAGUCCACGACAGAUAAGACAUGGCAUUCUACUGGAUCUGUUUGGAGAAACAGUAAAUGUUUUGACUGUAAUUGUUCUGCUGAUUCCAUGAGGUGCUGUGAUACAAUGCAGAGGCCAGUUAAUUAUCCUGACAAGUGCCAAGUGGAGUACGAUUACACUACAUGCACAUUUGAGGUGUUUGAGAAAGUUCCCUGUUCUUACACUGGCAGUGUUCUCGGUAAAUGACGGCCAUGCAUAAAGAAAAUAAUCUUCUUUGUAUUAUCUGCUGAUUUAAAGGAUAGUAACUUGUGUUUAAUUUGAAUAACAUUAUACAUUGGAUCAUGUCAAAAUGAACACAAAAUGUUGGUCAACACGAAUUGGACAGGCAUUUGGGCAAUGUUGUUAACUGCAUUUCAGGGCUGUAACCACCAUAGACAUUGAAGGGGACAAGUCCCCCCUGUAACUGAAUUUACAGAUACAGAGAUUUAAAUAAUAAAUCAUAUUAACUGAAUAAUAUAAACUGAUGUAAAUUCUAAUGAAAAGUUUACAAUUUGUUUACACUUAAAUUGUACAGUUGUGUUUAUAUAAUUAAAACAGAGUCAAUACAG